AGCCAAAAUGUAGCAGUUUCCUCUGUGGUUCUCAAUAUUUAACUGAAACCCUACAUUGUCAUGUGAGGUUUGUUUACUUCCGCCUAGAAUCCCACCAGCACGUGUAUUGAAAGACCAUGGCUGGCUCCCCCACCAUUAAACCCUUUACUGCAGAGGAGACAUACCGGAUUGUGCAUCAUCUACAGGAACCUGCAGUGUUCCUGAACAUGACCUGUGGUUGGCCUGUUCUUCACUGGACUGUGGACCACCUCUCUGGCUGCCUUGGCAACAAACAUGUCAGAUUCAGACUGGGAAGAAAAAAGAAGAUUAAUGUCAAUCCCACAGCCCCUCUGUUUGAAACCCACUGUUCCUUCGUGGACGCCACACUCGCGCAGUUUCUCAGCUGGACCCAGGGCCACAGUGGGACACAUGAUGGACCUUUCUGUGACUACCCGUCCUCAGAAUACUGGGCCUAUGCUGACUACAAGUACAUUUCACAGCUGCUUGAAGAUCAGCCUUCAAUGUUUGAGGAUGUAAAGUGGUCCGAAUUUGGUUUUGAGGGGCGCGAUGGAAGGGAGAGUACCUUGUGGAUCGGCACAGAGGGGGCCAACACUCCAUGUCACCUGGACUCUUAUGGCUGUAACCUGGUACUGCAGGUUCAAGGACGGAAGUGCUGGCACCUCUUUCCUCCUGAGGAUGCAGCUAAACUCUACCCAACCAGGAUCCCUUAUGAGGAGUCCAGUGUGUUCAGCCAGGUAAAUGUUCUCCAGCCAGACCUGAGGAGGUUCCCUGCCUUUCAGAGAGCUAGGACUCACAGCGUCACUCUGGAGCCUGGACAGGUGCUUUAUGUUCCCAGACACUGGUGGCACUAUGUGGAGUCGGUGGAUCCAGUCACUGUCAGCGUCAACUCCUGGAUUGAGCUGGAAGCGGAUGAUGUGGCCAGAGUUAGUGAAGCCGUGACCAAGGCUGUGGUGUGUGCGCUCAAAACGACUCCAGCAGAUGACAAUGCAGAUGUCUGGCUCAACCCCACUGAGGACGGAGUAUCAUCCCAUAAUGAGAACAUGCAGUAUGUGAACCUUGCGGUGAGGGCCUGUGCUCAGAGACUCCGGGGCCACUCCCAGUCAACCAGAGACAGUCAAGCAGUCAAGCGAGACUGCAGCGGAAGAGUCAAGAGAUGUGGCGAUUGUGUGCCCUUCACUGUUCCCUUUGGGCCACAUCUCAUCCCUGUAUAUGCUCAGCAAGAACCAAAGGGAAUGAACCCGAAUGAUCCGGAGGUCAAAUCCAUCCGGAAAUGUGUAAUCAGAUCGCAGCUGGACUGUGCUGAGAGCUCAGAGGCAGCGCAGAGAACAGAUCCUGCAUCUGCCGUCAGAAUCCACCGGGGACAACAUGAAUGUGGCUCUGCUUUAAGUCACUGUGGAGAAGAGAUGGCAGAGGAUAAUGAGGGAUCAGGACACGCAACGAUAACCACUAAUGACCUGUUAGAUUGUCUGGUGCAUCCUGAUAUCAUCAUGCGUGUCACUGAGCUUUUACUACAAAGACACACAGACCAGACAACAGCAGCGUGUGAACUUGAGUAUUCACCAAACAGGAAGACACUCCCCCACUGACUUUGAAUGUCAGUGAAAGGUUGUCUUCUGCAAAUGUUUCAUAUCAUCAUCAUUUCUUGAAGGUUCAAUUAGUCAUUCAUUAAAUAUUAUUGCAAUACAUGCUAAUAGCAUAGUGGGUCUUUAUUCAUUAUUAUUUAAGCAUUUAUUGAUGCCUUAUUCUGGGUAAUCUUAUUGUACACAUACUAGACAACUGUUGAACAUGGAUUAUGAUCUGAAGUGUUCAGCAUCCCCACAGUUGUUCACCUACUCAUAUCAGAUCCAUCACACUGAAUAAUGUCAUGAUGAACUCAAACACAGUCUGUUCCUUCAGCUGUAAAACAUGGACUCUCAUUUCUAUUAUUACUGUUCUACAUGGAGUAGAUGGGAUUUCAGUGUCAUUUCAGUCAGUACUAUCAGAGUACGCCUCAUUUAAAUAAAUAAAUCAUACAAAUGUCAUAAAUGAAGAAUCCUUGAGUCUGAAUCUGAUCUGGAAAUGCUUUGAUUUCAGUGAUAUGGUGAAUGGGUUGUAGUUUUUGAGUUACAGGUGCAGACGGAUGGACCCGAGUACAAGAAGUUACUGACGGGAAACUGCUGUAAUGGUCUUACUCAAAUCAAAAACCAAAUGGAAAAAAAAAACUUUAUUAUAUCCUCUCGCAUAUGCUGCAAAAAAAAUAUUUUCAUGUCUUGGAUAAAUGACAAACCUUCCUCUAAAACAACUCGGCCUAAAAUCCUUAUGGAAUGCUUUCCUAUGGAAUAUUUGACCUGUUUACUUCAUUCCUCAAAGAGACAGUUUAUGAGAAUUUGGACUUCAUACCUUCAUUUCACUAACUCAUCAGUCACUUCUAUGUUUUCAUACCUCAUCAAUGACCGAAAAUCUUUGGUGCCUGUUCACAGUAAGAUUACCUCUGAGCUCACCUGUCACUGCUUGAUUGUCUAAUCUUUAUUUUAUUGUCACUACAAGUCUAUACUGUUUUUGUUUUCUGUAUCUUGGAUUAUUCCAUUUUUUUUCCCUUACUCUGUUUAUCUUCCAACAGCUUCAUGUUUUUAUUUUCAUA